GAACACCCCAACACGCACCCACUCCCCAGAGACGUGUGCUCAUGGCGUCCAGCUCGUCGUCCGUUGCGUCGUCCGUUGCGUCGCACUUCCCGGAGCGGACGAGCACGCCGCCACCGUGGAAGGGGGCGGCUACUGGUGGGAGCAGCCGGACACUGCACGGACUCCUGCUGACGGACCUUUGGAUGCAGCCGCUGCACGCACGCAGUCGCACACGUGAACGCCUGGGGCACAUCGACUUUGGCAUGGUCAUUCCGCCUGUUCGCGCCUUUGUGUACUCCAUGCUCGUACCCUACCUCUGCUACCCGAUCGCGCUGGUCCACCUCUACGGCUUCUACCGCUGCGCCAGAACGAUGGUGUUUCCGAAAUACUACAAGCGCCAACGGUACUCGGAUCGGGUGAUGUACGGCGUGCAGAAACGCGUGUAUGACUCACGGCAGAAGCGAGUAAUGGAGACGCAGAUCGAUGACGUGCAGGAGAUCCAGCACGCCUUGCAGGUGGUGGGAGCUGCGCGAAACACAUUUGUCGAUGACCCGUCGCGCCAGGGCACGGCCUACUUUGUGGUGGAGCAGCGAAUUAUGAAGGCUGAGGCGGUCUUCACCGGCGAGAACUGGGCCUGGGCGUUCAUCUCCGACACGUGUCGCUACGUCACGCCGCUGCUCUUCGCUUACUUGUUCCACCCGUCCUGCAAGCGAAUGACGGUGGACUUGCGAUUGUGGCGGCAGGGUCGCCUGCAGUGGCGGCAGAUUCGCCACCCCGUCUUAAAUUUCUUCAAGUCGUACAACGAGUACAACAAGGCGAUGCGCCGCAUCAACGUUGUGAAGCCGGCCCCAAAAGGUGCGCAACCGUGGAGUAAGAACCUGUAG